CGCCCUUAAGUUACAUUCCCAUCACGCGGUUACUUCUCCGUCUCCCUUAGUCCCUAUCCCUCUACGAUUCUCGGAUUUCCCAAAAGCCGUAAAUUCGUCCUUGAUUCUACAGCUGAACGCAGGUUAUUAUUAUAGAAGUUUCGUAGCAAUCCUUAAUUUCAUGGAGCCUGCUGGAAAUGAUAAUGCUGCGCCUUUUGCCAACUGGAGAAGUGAUUUUUCGAUGCUGUUUCAGCACUAUUUGGAUAAGUCUACGCCUCAUCCACUGCAGAGAUGGCUAGGGACAUUGGCGGUGGCCAUGAUAUAUGUUUUGCGAGUUUACUAUGUUCAAGGCUUUUAUGUUGUCUCAUAUGGUUUGGGAAUAUAUGUGUUGAAUCUCUUGAUUGGGUUUCUUUCACCAAGAGUUGAUCCAGAGCUGGAAGCCUUGGAUGGCGCUUCAUUGCCAACCAGAGGUUCGGACGACUUCAAGCCUUUCAUCCGUCGCCUUCCUGAAUUUAAGUUCUGGUAUUCCAUCACAAAGGCUUUUAUUAUUGCAUUUGUCAUGACCUUCUUCUCUGUGUUCGAUGUACCUGUUUUCUGGCCAAUAUUGUUGUUUUACUGGGUUGUUCUAUUUGUCCUCACAAUGAAACGCCAAAUUCUACACAUGAUCAAGUACAAGUACGUUCCAUUCAGUAUUGGAAAGAAGACAUAUGGUGGUAAGAAAUCAUCUGCAAGUAGUAGCGACUAAAAGUUAUGAAGUUGCUGGCAGUUGUAACUGGAGGCUGCUAAUCUGUACUUGGGCAGUUGAAACAUAAUUUGGUGGAGUCUGUGAUGAAUGCAAGCUUAAGGUUUUCUAAAUUCCUACGAACAUGUCCUUUUGAGCAAACUCUGACAGUGAUUUGAUUUGAGAACCUUUUCCAUUAGAGAAAUGUUAUUACUUUUGAAAUGCAUUUCUUCUGUAUAGUUAGGCAAAAGUGACUUGGGUAAAUGCUUCUGUUUCUUGUGUACAUAUACGCUCGACCGUCUAUCAAUCUUGAUUUUUCCUUGCAGUUGAAUUUUGGUCAA